AUGAUGCUUCACUGCAAGUCCGGAGACGACGAUCUGAAAGUGAGAACGUUAAUGCCUCAUCAAGGAUUCCACUGGACAUUCCGGCCCAACUUCUUCGGAGGAACGCUCUUCUUCUGCGCCAUGGACUGGGGAGAGGGAGGGCUUCAUUGGUUCGACAUCUACGUCAAUUACAGGGACAACAAGAGGUGCAAAUUCUGCAGCUGGAGCAUCAAGAAGAGCGGGCCGUGUUUGGUGUUUAAGGAUCGUACGUCUUGUUAUCAUUGGAAGCCACAAAAGCAUGUGGUGGAGGGAGUAUAUAGAAGAGUGAUAAAUUAA